GAAAACAAUAGCCUACACGUCACGCUUUUCUACAACUAUAGUCUAUAGCCUAUUUAUACACAAACACAACUAAACUAAAAAGUAACCCUAACAAAAAGCUCUUAUUCCCAAAUUCAUUUUAUUUUUUGCUUAAGCUUUUUAUAUACCAAUAUGUCAUCUUCUUCUCCUACCUCAUUAGAUAUCAAAAAUCAAAAGGAAGGAUUUGUUGGUGCUAUUGAGGUGAAGAAACCCAUUCUAGAUCACGAAAAUGUUCUUCAGAAACAUGCUGGUUUCUUUGAUUUGAAUAAAGAUGGUGUUAUUUACCCAUGGGAGACUUUCCAAGCAAUGCGUGAAAUUGGGAGUGGAUUGUUAUUAUCAACUGCAGCUGCUGUUUUCAUCAAUGUUUCCCUCAGUCAUAGUACUCGCCCUGUAUGUUUUCCAUCUUUUCUUUUUCCAAUUGAAGUUAAGAAUAUUAAAUUUGGCAAACAUGGCAGUGACAGUGGAGUUUAUGAUUCUGAAGGAAGGUUUGUUGCAUCGAAAUUUGAAGAAAUUUUCAUCAAACAUGCACAUACAUAUCCAAAUGCUUUAACACAUGAUGAGCUGAAGGAAAUGAUAAAGACAAACAGAGAACCUAACGAUUUCAAAGGAAGGAUUGGUGGUUUUGUUGAAUGGGAAGUUCUUUACAAACUUGCAAAAGACAAGAAUGGUUUACUACAGAAAGAAACAAUCCGAGGUGUUUAUGAUGGAACCUUGUUUGAAGCCCUCAAAAAGGAACAUACAAAAAUUAAGAAUUUGUCUUAAUUAUCUAUAUCGAUAAUAGUGCGAAAACAAUUCCUAUAAAAAUUUAAUGAAGAUUGUAACACUGUUGUGACAUUAUGUGUUUUAUAUUUUUGUACCGUUUAGCAUUAUUGAUAUCGACAAUAAACAAACAGUGCAAGUUAUUGGUCCAGCGUACGUGGAGAUUAUUAAAUUUAGAAAGAAAUUUAGUUAUUUUCUUUUAAUUUAA